AUCCACCAAGAAGUACUAGUUAAACAUGCUGGUCGCUGUCACUGCAGGUAGUUUCUAGAGCUAGAAGUAAAAUUACAGUGAAAAUGUGUGAUGUACUGAGGUCAAAUUUUGAAGACGAGUUCCCUCGGAUAGAAGAAGCUAUAAAUAGAGCGAAAUUUAUAGCUAUUGACUCUGAAUUUACAGGCCUGAGAAUCAACAACAAAGUCAGACCAAGUCUGUUUGAUGAUGGAGCACAACGCUAUGGUCAAUUAAAGAGUGGUGUCAGUCAAUUCCAGAUAUGUCAGUUUGGAGUGUCUGCAUUUGUCAAAGAAGAAAAUGAAAACAAGUAUACAGCUUAUACAUUCAACUUCCACAUUUUUCCUUCUUCAUUUGGACCAAUUGACCCAAGGUUCAUGUGUCAGGUGUCGAGUUUAGAAUUCUUGUGUACAUUCAAUUUUGACUUUAAUAAGUUCAUAUAUGAAGGUGUGCCGUUUCUAAACAGGAUGCAAGAGCAACAACUAAGGAGUAUUCUUAGAAACCAAUCACUAUUUGAUGGACAGGAACGAGAUGUGGAUGAAGAUGCUCUGCAGAAGGCAUGUUCUGAGGUUGCAGAGUGGGUGGUAGAAGCAAAAGAUGGAGACACCAAACUCAUAAAUAGGCCAAAAAGAGUUGCAGAUUUUAUUUUGCAUGAAGAAUUACUUCAGCGGUUUGACAACAUAUGGCCAGAGAGACAAGCCCAGCUGAAUCCUGUGAUAUUAGUAACAAAAGUACCAGUGGGACAAAGGAAAAAGCUAGAAGACAUGAAUGAAAAUUCACAAGAGUACCAAGAGGAAAGAAUGGUUAAUUUAUUAAAGGGUUUCUCUCGAGUGAUUGAUCUUAUAUCAAACUCUAAAAAGCCACUCAUAGGACACAACAUGCUUUUAGACUUAAUGCUCAUCCAUGAUAAGUUUUACCUACCUUUGCCUGAUGAUUAUCUUACUUUCAAGAAGAAUAUUCAUCAACUUUUCCCUUGUAUCAUAGACACAAAGCAUUUUUCUUCAGAAAUACGAAAGUCUGUUGAGGAUAGUGGUUUAUUAAAAAGCACAAGUUUAGGAACGUUGUAUGAAGAAAUGGAUAGUGAUUUGGGAAAAGGAAUAGUUCUGUGUCAACCUGCCAUUCACCAUGCACCAGGAUACAGGAAAUAUGUCGACGGGACUGCCUACCAUGAAGCAGGAUUUGACUCCUUUGCUGCAGGAUAUGUUUUUCUACGGAUGUGCCACAUGCAUUCACUAUAUGGACUUUCGUCCAUGCAGGCUGCCCCUCUAGAAUUCAGUCAUUACAUGACCAAGACCAAACCUUUCCACAAUAAUAUCAACAUGAUUAGAGCAGCCAUAGAUCAUAUAUGUUUAGAUGGUGCUGAUCCUCCAUCUAGAAGGCCACAAUGGUUGCAUGUGCAAAGCAGGACAUAUAAACUGAAAACUGUUAAGUUGGCAAGAUUGUUCUCUUCCCAUGGAUCUGUGGACAUCAAGAUGUUAGGAGAAAGGAAGGCCUUGGUAGCAGUAGCAAAUUACAGAGUAGCCAAAGAUAUUCUGAAAUCAUUCCACAACCAUGAACAGAUUAAGGUAGCCAAAUACAACAUAUGGAGGCAUUCUCCUGUGGUCAGAGGAGUUAUGUGGACUGGCCUAGCACUGUCAGGUGGAAUUUGUCUAUGGGCUUUAUUCUCCAGUCAAAAGAAAGAUUAAUUGUAUCAGUUAGUGAGGUUACUUUUAAACAUGCAGAUCAGUUCACAGAAAUGCAGUUUGACUGGUCAGAGCAACAUUAUUUUAAUAUAAGGACCUACUGGAUUUAUUUGGUGAUUGGCUAUUGUAUAAAUUAAAAGAUGUCAGGAGUUUUAUAUUCUCCUCCUUUCUUUUUAUUAUACAGUGAAUUGAUACCCAGGUUCAGUUCAACAAGAGGGUCAUUGAAUAGAUAGCUGCCAGGAUUACCUCUUCAAUCUUUUCUUACAGUGAGUAGAUAUUAAUGCAUGCCUAACUCAUAUGUGCUGUUAAUUAUUGUAUUGAAAAAGAAAAUAAA